CAAUAUUUCAACUUUGCAAUUUUUGUGAUAAUUUGUUUUCCACAUCGAUUUUUCGGUUGCAGGGUAGUUUUACCUUCAACUUCCUCCUACUUCCGCCCACGUGUGCUGGUAAUGAAAACAAACCGUGCGGAAAACACAUCUGGGAAACCGGUAAAUAAGUGACGCGAGAUGCUCGAAAAGGGUUUACAGAAAUAUGCACUGUGGAUAGAAAUAUGUGUCCGAUUGGUGAUAUUUGGAAUAUUCAUCAUCACUGAAACUGCAGAACCAUUCCACAGACAGAUUCAACCCGAAGAACUCUGGCUAUAUAAGAAUCCAGUGUCUGAGAGCUUUGUUUCAUCUUCGGCAUUGUGGAUCAUAAUCAGUACAGUCCCAACCCUGGUGCUUCUGGCUUUUUACAUUGUUAAGAAGGACAAAGUUGAUUUUAUUCAAGGUGCACUCGCAGCAUCUCUAAGCAUUGGUCUAGUAGGGCUUGUCACAAAUUUUGCCAAACUAAUAAUAGGGAGACCAAGGCCAGACUUUUUUUACCGCUGUUUUCCUGAUGGCAUUUCCAAUGUAGAAAUGAAAUGCACUGGAGACCCUGAAGUCAUCAUUGAAGGCAUGAAAAGUUUUCCAAGUGGCCAUUCUUCAUUAUCAUUCUCCAGCUUGGGACUUGUAAGUUUUUACCUCUGUGGUAAAUUCCAUGUGUUUAAUGCACGAGGCAGAGGACAAGCCUGGAGAAUGUGCAUUUCCUGGUGCCCUCUCCUCUCAGCAGGUCUUAUUGCUCUAUCCCGGACUUCAGAUUAUCACCAUCAUUGGCAAGAUGUUCUGGUAGGAUCCCUGCUUGGGUUCAGUCUAGGAUAUUUGUGCUAUCGGCAGUAUUAUCCAGCUUUACAUGAUCCUAAUUCUCACCAACCUUAUAUUGCAUUUGAGUCUCAUUUACAUGAUGUUGGGGAUAUUAAAAAGCAUGCAGGACCUUCACAUCCUUUGGGGGUUGGUGAUCUCCAUCAAUUAGCAAAAAUAAUUUGAUAUUUUCAUUUAUUUAAUACACAUAUUUUAAAAUUGAUGUGAAAUGUUUGUCUUGAAUAAGAGUAAAAUA